GUCUUAAGUACUGCACAAUAUCACCGGUGAUCUGCUAUCUCCAACUACUAUUAUUGACUGAUCAGGGCUGUAUAACACAAAUUGACCUGUUUAAAUAUCUCACUAGUGAGAUUAUAAGAUUGAUAUGUAAAUACAAGUUACAACUAAUUGUAAAAAAAACUGCUAUUGUACAAUGAUAAAGUAUGUUUUAUUGUUGACUGUUUUUGUGGUGUUUGCUGAACAUGAAGAUUAUGAGGUGUUAGUAAACCCCAACAUUGCUCAAGAUGAACUAAAAAACCAUAUUCUUACUGUUACGGUUCAAAACAGAGACUACAAUAGAAUAAUUGACACAAAAGAAGAUGAAAUUAUAGUCGGAAUAAGGGCUGAGGAAUACCCACCAUUGAACCAAGUGCUUAGUAAUUUUCUCAGUGAAGUCCUCCAAGUAAAGCCUAAUCUGGUUGAAGUUAUCGAGGGGCACAGUGAAAAUGAGGGGAAGAAAGUGCAGGUAGAUGGCACAGUGAUAACUGCUGAAGAGAUUAGAAAAAGGAUCCUAAAAGCUCUGAAAGAUUCAAUUGAAGAAGAACGACAUCUUAAGCCUUCAAUCAAGCAUAGAAACAUAAUGUAACAAGUAAUAAAAAUGUUUAGUAGUA